AACUCACGGAACCGAACGACGCUGAGUUGCGGCAGGGCGCUGCAACAUGAGACGAGGACGACAAUGAAGUGCCAGGAUGCCAAAGUUUCAACAACAACAUGAUGGACUCUUUCGUUGGCUGCUUUCAAGCUGGCCCAAGCACGACGCGUCAGACUUGUUCUCAAUGCCGGUGGCGCAAGGUCAAAUGCGAAGGUGGCAGUGAACUGUGCUGCGGAACCUGUGCUCGUCUCGGGCUCGACUGUUCUCUUGCCGCCAUUGACGAAUUUGGAAGACAAACGGAUUCUCACUUGAGUCAGCAACGAUUGACAUCCGCCAAGCCGCGACGCCUCAGAGGCGCCCGGGCGUGCAAAGCCUGUCGAGAGAAGAAAGUCCGCUGCUCUGGCACAACACCGCGAUGCGCAAACUGUGCGCGCCAUGCUAGAGAGUGCACAUACCCGACGUCGGUACGAAGUGCGAGGGCAUCUUCCCCGCAGAGCACCUCUACCGAGGGAGACGAAGCCUGCGGGGUUGAAGUCGGCCAAUUCCUCUCCGGUGCCGUGGAAAGCUUCUUCGAGAAGGUUUACCCUCUUCCAUCUCAUGCGUUUCUGCACCCCGAGACGACCAGGGAGCGUUGUCGAGAGGGGAGGAUUGACUCGGCCCUGGCACACGCCAUCUGUGCUUUGGCGACCCUUCACUGUGGUUCGGAUCUUCAGACUCGCGACAGAGCCACGUCGUGGGUUCAGACGGCGGAGCAAAAGAUAUGGCAGCACCUGGAGAGCCCUACCAUACCGCGUCUGCAGGCCCUGCUGCUCGUCAUCCAUUAUCAGAUGGAGACUGGAAAGUUCCAGAGAGCGUUCAUGCUUACGGCUACCGCGGCUAGGUUCGCCGCUGCUAUGCGACUGAACCACGAGAGACCUGAUCUCGACUUUGUCGCCCAGGAAAUUCGCCGUCGGAUCAUGUGGUCGCUGAAGAUUACUGAGAGGUACUUCUCGGUUGGCUUGCCCGAGUUUGAAGCGUGUCCAAUCGAGACGAUAUACUUGCAAUACCCCUCGGCUGAGAAUGACUUCACCAACGAUGGAGACUCUGGUGAUGGGAGCUCCUAUAGACUCUACGUAAGACUAGAGAUAAUUCGGAGGGACAUCAUGAAGUUGACAAGAGGAGUCACUCUUUGCGAUCAGCCUUUUUUGCCUUUGACGAAACUCAUUGGCGACUUCGAAAGCGACUUGAGCGAAAUUGGGUCGUUGAUGCCAGACGGAAGGGAAUUCUCAUCUAUCAACAUCGAAGCCCUCAACGGCAACCGAUGGCUGAGGAGGCGGCUAUCUAUGCACAUUUCCUUCCACCAAGCCCAUUGCGACUUGUACCGGAUCUUGCUUUCAGGAUAUCCCGAAGCAGCACCUCGCGUGGUUCUCGAGGCGGUCGACAUGGAUUCCAUCACCGCGGCAGAACAGAACUGCCUCAAACAUGCCAUCGCCAUCAUCCAGAUCUUGACCAGUCUCAACCAACACAGCACAGAGCAUUUACUUCUCGAAUUCGACAUGGCUAUUUGCGCCUACCACGCGACAAGACUCUUGCUCUUCAUAGCCCGAGCACAAAGGACGCCGGGCUGCCCCUCACCAGAGUUUGCCUUGAGCCGUGCGGCUCUGUGUCUGGCUGCCCUUCAGCGCUUCUUCCCUUCUUCCGCACUGGUCAAGCCCAUCAUCGACGACAUGGAGCGACUUUCCCGGGGUCAUGCACCACAAGAAGCUGGAAUAGGCGGGCUAUCGUCGCCAGAGUUUCAAGAAGGAAGACGGAAUCUAGAACAGCGACUUUCAGAGGUAGCAAAAGCGAGACAGAGACUGGCGAUCCAUAGUCUGCUGAGACAAGCCGACUUUACCGAUGAGGACGAGGGAGAUGAUUACUCCUCUUCCAUGUCUGUGUCCGGGUUGUCCCCAAUCAUGACGAGGCGAACGCCAUAGGCUCUGGAGGCAGCUUCUAGACUCGGACAGUGUCGGCAGCAGGUUCAGGAUUUGUACCCCCACAAAGAAGCAGAGUUUCUACGUCCGCAGUUUGAAUAGCUGCGGCCGGCCUUUCUGACGAGUCACCGUUCUGAUGAAACUGGUCGAGACGCCUGACUAGCUGUAUACCUAUGCAUUUGGACUCGUAUGCUGGUGUUGGCGACAAAAUUGU